AUGGUGUCUCCGCGAGAAAAGGCCGGGUUCUCCCGGCGACUCGGAAGCGGCGCGGUCCUCCUGGCGGCCACAGUGGCGCUCCUCCUCUUGCCGUGUGCCGAUGCCGCGCAGAAAGAUACCUGGUCUCCGCGGACCUUCACGGCCGAUCCUUUCCCCGUGCCUCCGCCAGACUGGCAAAACCUCCCCUUCCUGCGCCGCCAAGAGAGCGCUCGCCGCAGGCUUUUGAGCGGUGGUGGCGUGUCACGUCCUCAUUGGAUGCCUCAUAGCGAGUACACCCUUCCCUGGAUGCUGGGGGAUCGGAAGCCUCUCAUUCCAACAGACCCAUCGGAUGGGGAAGCUGACGUGGCAGAGGCGGCGGCCACGUCACCCGGAAAUGACGGGUGGCUUGGGGCUAACGGUGCAGGUGUUGCCUCUGCCGCUGCUGCUGGCGGUUCGGCGGGCGCGGGAGCAAGGGGGGGGCCGAGAUACUCACUGGCGCAGCGAAAAGGCGUGUGCUCCCCGGUUACUCCCGCGAGUCCGCGCAUCGUGGUUACCACCGAGGCUGACUUCGUGAAGCGCCUCAAGUAUCCGCGAAAAACGACGGUUCUGAUGACGCUAAAAGCGGACAUAAUGCUAAAGAAAGGCCUCGCUUUUGGCCCCUACUACUCGUGCACGAUCCUGCAAGCGGACGUCACGGGCAACCGUACGAUCUCGUUAGCCGGAGCCGAUCAGCCAAUCCUCCGAAUCGUCGAGACUUUUAACGUGAUUGUAUGGGGAAUCAACUUCUGGAUGGGCGUUCUUCCAACUUCCCCUGCUUGCAAGGGGAUACCGGAGCACGGAGCGGGGGCGGUUUGCCCUACAAUUCACGUGUACAAAUCCUUCGGCAUCCAAAUUGCACAGGGUUACCUGUGGGGGCGAUUGGACUUGUAUCGCACGAUGAAUUCGCUAGUCGACGGGAUGGCGAUCACGGGCGAGUUCCCGUUCGCCAAAAGCCCGGGUUCCAUCCGCGUCGCAUUCAGCGGGGUCGGCACCCGGGCGAUCAAGUCGGGCAUCGUGCUUUCAAAUAACGACAUUUACGUCGUCAACACGCCCGUCUACUUGACCAACGGUGCCGUCGGCGUGCAGGUCGUGAACAACUUCUUGCACCAGUACACGGGGAGCGGCGUGCAGUGCGGGACGCACGUGAACAACGCGGGGAGCUGCAUGAUGACGUUUAUCGGGCGCAACUGGUUCUUCCCCAACGUCACCAUCACCGCCAAGACCGACAUCUCGAAUAUCCGCUUCACCACGCACUGGAUCAGCCCCGGCAAUGCGGCGUCAUGCAACUACAUGCUGGGUGGCAACAGCUGCUUCAACCUAGAGGCUGACACCACCGGUGUUGUCGUCCUGGGGGGCGCGUGCAUGGGUGCUUUUAACGGGGUCAACAUUGAGAAUGGCAAAGAGAACCGGAUACAGUACGUUUGGGUGAAGGACUACACUGCCGUCCCGGGGUCAGCGACGUGUCCCACAGUCACAACCAUCAACUGCAACACGCCCACGGGCAAGCUGUGGGAGAGCAAGCGGAUCAAGUACUACAACUCCCCGAUCAUUAACAAGCGCUGGCCCUUCCUGAGCAAAAUCUGCAAGGACGCAAGCAUCGGCACGGUGCCCUGCAAUGUCCCCACAGCCGGGUCCCUCAACGCACGGCAAACCGGCAAGUGCAGCGGCCUCCCGACCAGUAACAUCCUCGAUCUCGCCCUGCUGGACGGCAGCAAAUUCCCGCUGAGCUUUCAGGGCUGCGAAAAGACCCCUUCAGUGCCUACAGUGAACAAAUUCUCGAGCAUCCGCGCCAAAAUGGGCCGGUUUAGCCCGGCUGCGCUGAUCGCAUGCGUGUCGCUGCUCAUCCUUCUCGCGGCACCAGCGGUGAAGCCUGAUAAAAAUUCUCCACGUCAACCACUAGCUAUCGAGGACGGCGACCGGGACGCAUGGCCGCAUUCCUCGCCUCUAUCGCUCAUAGAGGAUUUAUUCCCAACAUCGCCUGCGCUUUCCUCUCCCUACCGCCUCCUCAAAUCCACCCCGGCCCCCACGAAGUCCUCCGGCCGCGCAAGCUCCCCCGCCCGCGCAAGCUCCGCGCCAGCCUCCGACAAGAAGGGCAGCGGCAAGAAACUGCAACAGUCGGGAAAAUCGGCGUCAGAGGGCGCCACGUCAGCAGGAGCCGGAACAGCCCUCUCGUCGUCCACUUCUGGGAAGGGGAAGCGGGGAAAACGGGGGAAGCGGGGGAAGGGUGGGAAAAAGGGGAAAGCGGGGGGUGCGGCGAAAGCAAGUGAGACGAGCAGUUCGCUGCAGAACGGAAAGAAAAAGGCGGGGAAGAAAGGAAAGAAGACGGCUGUUUCAUCGGGCAAAACGGGCAAAGCUGGGUCGUCUGGCGAGAGGAAGAAGGGUGGGCACAAGUGGCCUCGCGAGGGCACAACGGGGUCUGCUGGUGAGAGGAAGAAGGGCGGACAUAAGUGGGCUCGCGAGGGCACGAAGAAAACCUCUGUGAAGAAGUCUGAGGCAAAGACGGCGAACGCGCCACUAGCGAAGAAGGCCGCGACGACUUCGCCAGCGUCGGGUAGCUCUGGAGGGUCCAAGCGCGGACGAAGCAAGUCUGGAAAGGGAAAGAAGAGACGCACCCCCGCUGCGGCACCAGCUGACUCCGGCUCAAAGUCCGGAGGGGGCAAGAGGAAGCCAACGUCGGGCAAGUCCGGCUCGCGUGGGGGAUCCGCACCUCCCGCCACAACUUCCGCGCGUUCGCACAAGAAGGGCAAGACGACGAAACACAGCCAGGAAGUGGGCUCUGGCAUUGAAGGGAAAGGGUCAUCGAAUUCCGCUAAGCCAACGAAGCCGCCUGCGUCUCCCUCGGGAGGAAGCACGUCGAGCCCAGCGAAAGCGCCCAAAGGCUCUGACUCAGAUGCCUCCAAGGCUAGCAAAACGCCGAAGCCGUCCAGCGGCCCAACUAGCAGCUCAAAGCCCAGCAAGGAUAAGAACUCGGAUUCGGCGAAGGCUGAUUCGGGUUCGGAGAAAUCAGGCUCGGAUGCAAAACCUUCUCCUCCCUCUUCUCCCGCCAAGCCAAGCACGGGGAAGAGGAAAAAGCCACCCCCGCCAGCAGACACGAGUGAGGGUGAACCUGCCAGCUCGCCUCCUGCGGCUCCUGUGCCGAAGAUGAUAUGUGAGAAACACAAGGGGCAGCAGCUGAUGGUGAUGGACGGUAACCUCUUCUUCACGGGGAAUGUGGAGAAGUGCGAGGGUUCUUGUAUCAAGGAUUCCUCCUGCCUCAUGUACACCUUCUCGGGACUCAGCUGUCAACUCUUCACGGCUAAUAUGACUGCCAGGCCUGUCAAGGCGUGCUUUUCGCGUAAGUGUCAGUGGGGGAAGUGCAGAGACACGGAGGGAGAUGGUAGCGAAGAGGACAGUAGCGGAGAUGGCAAUUCUGGUGGGGACACUGGUGGUGCAGAUGAGAGUGGGGGAGGUGAUUAUGGGGGUGAUUCCAGUGGAGGGGACUCUACUGGGGAUGACAGCACCAGUGACUCAGGAGAUGAUUCCAGCUCGGAUGGAGCGACCAUUGACUACGGGCGAUGA